AUCCACACGGGUUUACAACACCAGAUAAUUUGGCCAUGCCAGCCCAGCUGUGUGCCACUGGAUGAGAAACUCCUCCCAGAGCUACUUCAAGAGGCGGGAUACGUUACUCACAUGGUGGGGAAGUGGCAUUUAGGGAUGUACAGAAAAGAAUGCCUUCCAACCCGCAGAGGAUUUGAUACUUACUUUGGCUAUCUUCUGGGGAGUGAGGAUUAUUAUUCUCAUGACCGUUGCGUCGUCAUCAAGGCAAAGAACAUAACGCGCUGUGCUCUGGACUUUCGAGAUGGAGAAGAAGUUGCAACUGGGUUUAAAAACAUGUACUCCACUAAUUUAUUCACAGAAAGAGCUAUAGAUCUUAUAGCCAAUCACAAAACUGAAAAGCCCCUUUUUCUCUACCUCGCUUUCCAGUCUGUCCAUGAACCUCUCGAGGUCCCUGAAGAAUACACAAAACCAUAUUCUUCCAUUAAAGAUGUAAAGAGGCGCCAUUAUGCAGGGAUGGUGACUCUUAUGGAUGAAGCUGUAGGAAAUCUUACUGAUGCGCUGAAAAGAUACGGUCUUUGGGACAACACCAUUCUUAUUUUCUCUACUG